CAAAAAAUUUCAUAAAAACUCCACACUUUCACUGUCCACACACACAUUAAACUAAACCAUGGCUUCCAUUGCUCUCAAAACUUUCACAGGCCUCCGUCAAACCUCCCCUGAAAACAACUCCGUUACUCUCUCUAAAUCCCUUCCUUUAACCCAAACACACCGUAAACUCCGUAUCAAUGCUUCCAAAUCCAGCCCAAGAGUUACCGGACGUAACCUCCGUGUUGCGGUGGUUGGUGGUGGUCCUGCUGGUGGCGCCGCCGCUGAGACACUCGCUAAGGGAGGCAUUGAAACAUUCUUAAUCGAACGUAAGAUGGACAAUUGCAAACCAUGUGGUGGGGCCAUUCCACUUUGUAUGGUUGGUGAAUUUGACCUCCCUUUAGAUAUCAUUGACCGUAAAGUCACAAAAAUGAAAAUGAUUUCACCAUCCAACGUUGCUGUUGACAUCGGACAGACGUUAAAGCCUCACGAGUAUAUUGGUAUGGUGCGCCGCGAAGUACUUGAUGCUUAUCUCCGUGAACGUGCAGCUGAAGCUGGAGCUUCAGUUCUUAACGGGUUGUUUCUAAAAAUGGACAUGCCAAAAGAGGCAAAUUCACCUUACGUGUUACACUACACUGCUUAUGAUUCUAAAACUAACGGUGCUGGUGAGAAACGUACACUUGAAGUUGACGCUGUUAUUGGUGCUGACGGUGCAAAUUCACGUGUGGCUAAAUCCAUAAAUGCUGGUGAUUAUGAGUAUGCUAUUGCGUUUCAAGAACGUAUUAAGAUUUCUGAUGAUAAAAUGAAGUAUUAUGAGAAUUUAGCUGAGAUGUAUGUUGGUGAUGACGUGUCUCCUGAUUUUUAUGGGUGGGUUUUCCCUAAAAGUGACCAUGUUGCUGUUGGUACUGGCACAGUUACACACAAAGCUGAUAUCAAGAAAUUCCAGCUAGCAACGAGAUUGAGAGCUGAUUCAAAAAUUACUGGUGGAAAAAUUAUUCGAGUUGAAGCUCAUCCGAUUCCAGAACAUCCUAGACCAAGAAGGUUACAAGACAGAGUUGCAUUAGUUGGUGAUGCAGCAGGUUACGUGACCAAAUGUUCAGGUGAAGGGAUUUAUUUUGCAGCAAAGAGUGGACGUAUGUGUGCUGAGGCAAUUGUUGAAGGGUCAGAAAAUGGGAAGAGAAUGGUGGAUGAGAGUGAUUUGAGGAAGUAUUUGGAGAAAUGGGAUAAGACUUAUUGGCCAACAUAUAAGGUUCUUGAUAUAUUGCAGAAGGUAUUUUACAGGUCGAAUCCAGCUAGGGAGGCUUUUGUGGAGAUGUGUGCUGAUGAGUAUGUGCAGAAGAUGACUUUUGAUAGCUAUUUGUACAAGAAGGUGGCACCAGGGAACCCCAUUGAAGAUUUGAAGCUUGCUGUGAAUACCAUUGGUAGUUUGGUGAGGGCUAACGCACUGAGAAGGGAAAUGGACAAGCUCAGUGUUUAAGAGGAUGAAAUGAAUGUCACACUAAUUAUAUUUUGUAAACUUGAUUUUGUAAUUGAAGUAUUUAUGCCUUUAAUCGGAUUUUAUGUUACUUCUUAAGUUUUUAA